GAUGGCGCCCUCGGGGCUCAAGGCGGUGGUGGGGGAAAAAAUUCUGAGUGGAGUCAUUCGCAGCGUCAAAAAGGAUGGCGAGUGGAAGGUGCUCAUCAUGGACCACCCCAGCAUGCGCAUCUUGUCAUCCUGCUGCAAAAUGUCAGACAUCUUGGCUGAGGGCAUCACUAUUGUUGAAGAUAUCACCAAACGGCGAGAGCCCAUACCCAGCCUGGAGGCCAUCUAUCUGCUGAGCCCCACAGAGAAGUCAGUGCAGGCCCUGAUCGCAGACUUCCGGGGCACCCCGACCUUCACUUACAAAGCAGCGCACGUCUUCUUCACUGACACCUGCCCCGAGCCCCUGUUCAGUGAGCUGGGCCGCUCUCGGCUGGCAAAGGCAGUGAAGACGCUGAAGGAGAUCCACCUGGCUUUCCUACCCUACGAGGCCCAGGUGUUCUCCUUGGACGCACCCCACAGCACCUACAACCUGUACUGCCCGUUCCGGGCAAGUGAGCGGGCAAGGCAGCUCGAGGCGCUGGCCCAGCAGAUCGCCACCCUAUGCGCCACACUGCAGGAGUACCCAGCCAUCCGCUAUCGCAAGGGCCCAGAGGACACAGCCCAGCUGGCCCACACUGUCCUGGCCAAGCUGAACGCCUUCAAGGCUGACACGCCCAGCCUGGGCGAGGGCCCCGAGAAGAUGCGCUCGCAGCUGCUGAUCGUGGACCGGGCUGCCGACCCUGUGUCCCCUCUACUGCACGAGCUCACCUUCCAGGCCAUGGCCUACGACCUGUUGGACAUCCAGCAGGACACGUACAGGUACGAGACCACGGGCCUGAGCGAAUCUCGUGAGAAGGCGGUGCUGCUGGACGAGGACGACGACUUGUGGGUGGAGCUGCGGCACAUGCACAUUGCCGAUGUGUCCAAGAAGGUCACGGAGCUUCUGAAAACCUUCUGUGAGAGCAAGAGGCUGACCACCGACAAGGCCAACAUCAAAGACCUGUCCCACAUUCUGAAAAAGAUGCCCCAGUACCAGAAGGAGCUGAACAAGUAUUCCACGCACCUGCAUUUAGCCGAUGACUGCAUGAAACACUUCAAGGGGUCGGUGGAGAAGCUGUGCAGUGUGGAGCAGGACUUGGCCUUGGGCUCGGACGCCGAGGGCGAGAAGAUCAAGGACGCCAUGAAACUGAUCGUGCCAGUGCUGCUGGACGCGGCGGUGCCAGCCUACGACAAGAUCCGCGUUCUGCUGCUUUACAUCCUGCUGCGGAAUGGUGUGAGCGAGGAGAACCUGGCCAAGCUGAUCCAGCAUGCCAAUGUGCAGACGCACUGUAGCCUCAUCCGCAACCUGGAGCAGCUGGGCGGGACCGUCACCAACCCUGGGGGCACGAGCCACUCCAGCCGGCUGGAGCGCCGGGAGCGCCUGGAGCCCACCUACCAACUGUCCCGAUGGACUCCGGCCAUCAAGGAUGUGAUGGAGGACGCCGUGGAGGACCGGCUGGACCGGAAGCUGUGGCCCUUUGUGUCUGACCCUGCCCCCAUGUCCAGCUCCCAGGCUGCGGUCAGUGCCCGCUUCGGCCACUGGCACAAGAACAAGGCAGGCGUGGAGGCGAGGGCGGGGCCGAGGCUUAUUGUGUACUUCCUGGGUGGCGUGGCCAUGUCGGAGAUGAGGGCCGCCUACGAGGUGACCAGAGCCACCGAGGGCAAGUGGGAGGUGCUCAUAGGUUCCUCACACAUCCUCACCCCUACCCGCUUCCUGGAUGACCUCAAGACUCUGGACCAGAAGCUGGAGGACAUCCCCCUGCCCUGACCCUCCUGCUCCCCACCCCGCCCUCUCCAGAUAAAUAAACUCUACCCUCCAGCCCA